AUGUCCGCGUCCUCGUUCAAGGUCAUCAUUGCCGGCGGCAGCUUGGGUGGGCUGAUGCUUGCCCUCUGCCUGGAGCGCGCCGGCAUCGACUACGUGCUGCUGGAGAAGGGCGAGAUUGGCCCGCAGCUGGGCGCCUCGAUCGGCUUCCAGCCGCACUCGAUCAAGGUCUUCGAGCAGCUGGGCGUGUGGGAGGACAUCAAGAACACCACCGUGCCAAUUCUGUACCGCCAGCACUUUGACGAGAAUGGCAAGUGCUUUGAGGACUCGCGCCUGUUUGCCGACAUCUACGAGAAGAUGGGCCGCCCGUGGGUGUUCCUGGAGCGCUGCGAAGCCAUCCAGAUCCUCUACAAGCACGUCCAGGACAAGUCCAAGAUCCGCGCCAACACGGCGGUUGCGACGUACACCGAGUCGGAGAAUGCCAUCACCGUCCAGACGAGCACCGGCGAGACCAUUGAGGGCAGCAUCCUGGUCGGCUCCGACGGCGUCCACAGCCAUGUGCGGACCCUGAUGGCCGACGAGAUCGCCAAGACGCAGCCGGAUCUGGGGAAGGAGAUCAAGGAAGGCUUCACGGCCGAAUACAAGUGCCUUUUCGGAGUGAGCAAGAACGACCCGUCCAAGCCGAUGAUGGCAGACGGCAUGAUCCACACGUCGUACUACGACUACCACUCGUCCUUCUCGACGGCAGGCGUGCCGGGCCUGCUCUUCUGGUUCUUCUACGUCAAGAUGGACCAGGUGUCGCGCAUGCCCAACGUGCCGCGCUUCACCGACGCCGACGCCGCGCAGUUGGUGGCCGACUACGGCAAGACGGUCAUCGGCCCCGGAUACACGCUGCAGGACCUGUGGGACACGCGUGUGCGCGCGACAUUGGCCCCGCUCGAGGAGGGCGUCAGCAAGAAGUGGAGCAACGGCCGCGUCGUGCUCAUUGGCGAUGCCGUGCACAAGGCCACCGUCAACCCCGGCCUCGGCGCCAACACGGCCUACGAAGGCAUCGUCCGCAUCACCAACGGCCUCCACCACCUCCUCUCCCUCUCCCCCUCGCCCACCACUUCGCAACUCCAGGAACUGUUCGACGCCACGUACGAGGCGCACCACCGCGGCCGCGCCGAGACCGUCGUCACCCUCUCCGGCGUCGUCACCCGCUACGAGGCUCAGGACACCUGGUACCUGAAGAUGGCGUCUCGCUGGGUGAGUCCGUACAUUCCGGAUGGCCGCAAGGCCGAUCUCUACGGCGCGUUUUCGCGGGCCGGCCCGUGGUUGGACUUUGUGGCGGAUCCGGACGUCGAAGGGAAGGCCGCCGAAGGGGCGCCGGCGGUGGAGGCGAGGCUGUAA